AUGUAACGGUAUCAUCAGUCAGCUCGGAGUGUUCCACCAGCAAAAUCCAAUCAACCAACCAACCAACCAACCCAACCAACAAUGAACUUCACCAAGAUCUUCAUCUUUGUCGUUCUGGCGGCGCUGCUGCUCUGUGGCCAGACGGAGGCAGGCCGGCUGAAGAAGCUGGGAAAGAAAAUUGAAGGAGCUGGCAAGCGUGUGUUCAAGGCGGCAGAGAAGGCUCUACCGGUGGCGGCAGGUGUCAAAGCUCUCGGUUAG